AUGCAGGCCAACGAUAUCUUCGAGGCCAUUGUGGCCCAGCUCUACCACUGGGGCAAUAACUUCCACCGGAACCUCUUCCACAUGUUCGACGACAUGAAUACAACCCGCUACCUCCGACUCAUCGCCUGCGUCGGCGCAUACCUCCUCCUUCGACCCUAUUUCGUCAAGAUAGGAGAGAAGAUCCAAGCCAAGGAGCACGAGAAACAAAGUGCCGCCAAGGAUGCAUACGAGGCCUCUACAAAGGGCGAUAAGAAGAAGAUCACGCCGAAUGCGCUCAGAGGAGCCGGUGGGAAGACUGUCACUUUUGCGGAUAGCGAUGAAGAAGAUAGCGCCGAGCCUACUGGUGUUCAAUGGGGCAAGAAGGCGAGGCAGAGGCAGAGGAAGGUGGUGUCUAAAUUGUUGGAGAAGCACGAGGAGAAGCUGCGAGAGGAUGACGAGGAGGAAGAUAAGGAUAUCAUGGAGUUGCUGGUUGACUACGAGCCUGGUCAGGAUGGUUGGUAG